GAGAGAGAGAGGAAAUUGACCCAAUCAGGUGGAGCGUAUUUUGCUGGAUUUGAACAGGCAGCCUUGCCCACGAUUGAUAUCUAUCAUUCAGGGAUUCGCCGCCCUCGAGCAGCACUUGGACAUGCUGGUAUCGGAUCUAAUCGAGGUAAGAACUUUCGGAUUAACAAAAGCUUGAUUGCACCUGAAUCCAGACCACAUCGUCGGCGCAUAAGAAGAUGUGAUCAAAAUUUUGAAAGGUGUUAGCAUGCUAUGAUGGCUUCGGCUCAUAUCGAAGCAGCAUCGAGGGCAAUCUACGAAGAGGCCACAAGGUGGACUAAUCGACACGAGACUCCCAACUUGUCUGUCCAUCACUCGUCCUUCAACACGAGCGCCGUCUCGGCUCGAACUGCCACACAUAGAAACAGGCAGCACACCUUCCACUGAUAGAUGCUCUCAGACUGCUGGUUCCAUGAGCGAGCUGCAAAAGAUCUCCACUCUGAAUCGUGCCAAUCUUGUCGACACUAGAAUCUCCUCCACAUCGCCCAGGCCUCAAGGCCAGUCGGUGAUCACUCCACGGAGCAGCAGAGUAGAUGUCAUCUUCGGCCGAGAACCCUCCACCAGGCCGCCGAGCGUGGCUAACAGUGGUUGUUGACCUCAGCGGCGCUCUCGAAUCGGAAUUUCGAGCCUGAAAGUGUGCAGUGCGGGUUCAUAUACAGGCUUUUAGAGGUUCGCAACAAGGUCCGGGAUUGUGCGGAGGAGGGACUCUUGAGAGGGAGGGGCAGGAAAGGGGCGUUUGAGGAUGCGGAGGUGGUGGAGAUGAUGGCGGAACUUGUGCUUGUCGUUUCGUCGCUUGCGGCUAUCGUGUGUCAAUUGUUAGCACUGUAGUGCUCUCCAGAUCCUUGCCGGCCGGAGAAGGGACUUGGCCUCGGACCGAGGCUCGAUCUCGGAUUCUUGCACCAUAUCCGGGUUGAGGCUUUUCAGGUUUACCUCAAGGAAUGUUUAAAUUUUUUCCGCCCUGCUUCGAGCGUCGUCGUUCGUCGGCCCGAGCUUUUCAUCUUGGUCCUCGCGGUCCAGCAGCACAAAGCGAAGCGUGCCUCGGCGGAGAAGACGAGUUUGCGUACACUGUUUUGACAAGUGAAGAAGCUCGGGGAACGUGAGAGGGCCAUCAUCAUCAUCAUCAUCGUCGUCGUGAGCCUGUCCAAGAGUUGGGCUCUUGGGGACGACAAAUUCCUGCGACGAAGAAUCCUCGGUCGGCAGCGAUGGUGCGCUGUCAAAAUUACAAAACGAACUGGUGACGAUGUCUGCUCGCUGCUGCAGGUUCUCGCGCAGGUGCGAAAGAGGAGGUGGGGCAGCAGAUCCGUCGAACAGGUCAAGGAUCGGCAGGUAGAGGGGUCGAUUGAUGGGUAUGCAUAAUUACAGAUACGGAUCGUAAUGCCGGCGACCAGCAUGGCGAAAUUAUCCACAACCAAGAGGCUGAAGUCGGCGCUGACGCCGUCGUUCGCCACCGUGCUGCCAUUGUUUUGUUUAGGCCUGCUGCUUCUGCCCUUGCUCUUACAAAGAAACGACAGCGUCAAUGACUUCAUCAGAGCGAAAUUCAACUCGUACACGGCCGACCAAUUGCCGCUAGAAGAAGUGGCAAAAUCUCCACAACCAUCAAACACGAACCGCACCAGCUUUAACGACGACAACAACAUCAGCAAUAAGUCUACCAGUGAGCGCAAUUCGUUCUCGGAUUCAAACGACGACCAGGCCGAGGACGAGGACGAGGACGAAGAAAGUGCACGAGGCUUCAAAUUGGCCGAGCCCGUGCGCAAGCUGGUCGAGGCGAUUCGCGCCGCGACGCGCGAAGCCUGGGGCGGGGAGCCUGUGCCUAUGACGGACGACGAGAGGCGGGAGUGGGAGCGCAAGAAUCCGUGUCGCAGUCGCGCCGAGCUCAAGUUGCUGUACGCGCAGCGCAAGCACAUGAAGGACGUGCCGGACAACGAGCAGUGGAAGGUCGUGGUCGCGGAGUACGCCGAGCUCCACCGCGCCUGCACGACGCGGAUCGGCGACCUGCAGGCUUACUUCAAGGCGCAAAACUCCAGCGUCGCGGGAUGCCGGUUCAUCGUGGCCGAGACGCACUUCGGCCUGGGCAACAAGGUGUACCAGCUAUCGUCGGUGUUCAUGUACGCGGUGCUGAGCCAGCGCGUCAUGCUGGUGCCGGAGUCGACGUCCGUGCCGGCGGUGGUGUGCCAGCCGUUCGCGGGCUCGUCGUGGACCAUGAAGGAGCGCUUCGUGGAGGAGGUUCGCAAGCGGCGCAAGCCGUCGCUCACCUUCUACGACGACGUGGAUCUGGCCGUGAACGGCACGCGCGACCUCGCGACGUUCGCGUCGGCCAUGAGCAACAAAUGGGGCCCCGAGCCGCGCUUCUGGUGCGACACCGAGCAGCGCUUCCUGACGCGCGUGCCGUGGCUCACCAUCGAUGGCUGCCUGCUCUUCCUGCACAAGCUCUACGCCGUGGACAUGUUCCGCCCGGCGCUCGAGGCGCUCUUCCCCGACCGCAUCGUCCUGACGCGCAUCCUGCGCACCCUCAUGCUGCCGGCCGAUCCCGUCUGGGAGCGCAUCCUGCACGUCAACGAGGUGUACCUGCAGAACGCCGCGAAGCAGGUCGGCAUUCAGGUGCGCUUUCUGAGCGGCGAGAAGGAGUACGAGGCGAAGAACGAGCUGAUCAACGAGAGGAUCACUCGCUGCCUCUGGGAGAACAAAAUCCUCCCUGAAGUGUGCCCCGCUCGGGGCGAUCCGGGCUUCGGCGACCCCAAAUUCGCCGCCUGCGCCGCCAAGCUCACGCGCGAGGAUCACCAGCGGCCGCGGAUCGUCAAGGUCCUCAUCGCGUCUCUGUUCCUGGGAUUGCACGACUCGCUGAACGAGAUCUACCUGCGCCACGAGAUCACCACCACCAAGGAGGUGGUGGGCAUCAUUCAGCUGACCCACGAGAAGAUUCAAGGCACCGGCGUGGAGGUCGACAGCCAGGCCUUCGUGGAGAUCAUCAGCCUCAGUAUGUCCGACGUUCUCGUCGUCACUCCCCAGUCCACAUUCGGAGGCUUGGCCCAAGCUUACGGAGGUUUGGUCCCGUGGUUCAUCGAAUUCGCGAAGAAGAAGGGCGAGCCGGAUCAAUGCGAGCGGGGAAUGGGUAUAGAGCCGUGCUAUUUGGGGGCCAACAUUCACUACGACUGUAAGUAUGAUGCUCCCGGGACCCAGGACAUUCCUGAUUUACUACCGUAUCUCAGAAGCUGCUUAUUCAUCGAUGUCGGAUCCGGAUAUGGAAUGCAAAUGGUUCCGGACAAACUCGAGGACCACGAUUUUUCGUUAGAUUAAGGUUUAGAGACCGAACAAUUAGCUCGGUGGGAUUCAUGAGAUGCUUGGCCGGCUGUACAUAAUCAUAGUACUCCAAUUUCUGACAGUACUCAUUCUUUCGAAACAAAAGUUUUCCCGAGGUGGUUUAAUGAUCAAAACUCCAAGUAUCCUGCGCCAGCUUCCAAGAAUCCAAGGCUUACUUAUGAUGCGUCACAUUUUCCUGCCCGAUAAUGCGAUUUGUUUCCCGUCCUCCGUGUAUGGUGCCAAGCCAGAGGACGAUUGGAUUUAUGCUUGAAGAGCGCCUUGACUGUAACCGUGCACUUACCACUCUUGUUUGAACUCACGAAGAGGAGUCAUCCAUCCUUGCAUCUGCUGCUGCCCCUUGGCGCAACGCAGAGUUGGCAUCAAAUGUGGUCAGUUCUGGAACACCUGGAUGGCGCCCGAACACCGAAGUACAUGAGCACUCGUAUCCAGAGCUUCACAGCCAGCAAUCAGGAAACUCUGCUGCUGAAUUCGUCAGCGACAGUGCCCGCUCAGAUCCCGAGCUCAUUCAUCUAAAAUCUCUUCCUCGACUUACCGUGAACCUUCCCCAUAUGCAGAGGGAGGAAUCUCAAAUGCCGCUUCAUUGACGGACGACCUUCCCGUACAAGUUUAGCUGGCCCAAGGAAGUUUCCCGUCAUAUAUUUUCUGUUUAGAGGCUCACCUGAUUAACAUAGCCCGGCAAUUGUUUUCAAUCGAGUCACUCGCAUGUGAGGGUUGAAUGCAUUUGGUAGACUCGACUCGAUCAAUUGCCACGCAGAUCGAGCUUUCCGCUUGACCCGGGUGAUGCCCACAUCCGAACACCACUGCAGCGUUUAAGGCGAGGGAUGACAUUCUGGCGCCCCUGUUGACAUUGGGACCCCGUGCCGUCGGCCAAUCAUGGACGCCAGUGCUUCGCAGUGCCCUCUAUAUCCCCGGGGCUCUUUCCAGCUAGACGCCAAGCCAGAUGACACUCGCGAUUGUUCUCGUUCACUGCUACCAUGUCAUGGUCGUGCUGUCUUUAUUUGGGCUCCUCUCUGCCUUGUACACAGUGCCACUCUUCGGUCCGGAGUUCGCACUCUGUCCACGAGUUUCUAUCCACUUUCAGAAGCUUUAUCACACUAGAUCCGAAGUUCCGAGUUGCCAUCUUCAGUCUCGUAAUUGCCCGGACAGCUGGAGACAGUGUCGGCAGCAGCUGUUCAUGUCGGUGGAUUCUUUUGGUGUACUACGUGGGAGAAGAUUGUGUUCUGUGGGAAUCUGGAUGACGACGAGCAAAGCGUGUGUUGUCGUCACCAAGACUGUAGAGAGCACGAAACGUGUACGAGGAAAGAAACGAGUCGGCGAGCAGGCUGAAUGAGCUCCUCCGUCUUCGUGGCCAAGCUGAGCAGGCUUUGUCGUUGAGCUCCAAAGGAACUACUGGCGAGUUUGUGAAGCUGAACUGGAUUGGAAAGUGAAGCACUAAGUCAAGAAACGAGAACAGCGUAGACUUUCUACGCCUUCAGCACCUCUGCUUGCUUACUUUUAUUCUCACUUUCUCCGAGCAAAGUGAACAGCUGACUGGAUGCUCAAAGGAUACAUCUUGAAUCUGGAUCCUAACAUAAUACAGAAAUCAUUGCCCGUAUCUGCUUUCGUUCCAUGACUGGUUUUCAAUCUACAAAAGUUAGUCAGAAAGAAAAGUUUAUGAUAUAUGCGCGACAAGGUUACGCAAUCGUGGAUUGUAUAUUUCACUCACUGUUUCAGGCAGAUUAUGAGCCAAGUUUCGACUCUCAU